UGUCGUUUGAAUACGUUUUCAACCGUACCGACAAGCCAACACAAACCUAUUGAAUUGGUCUUGUUCUAGUUGCACAUCGCCCGAGUAGUUGUUUUUUGUUUUUAAAUUUUUUUAAAUUUUUUUUCGCCGUCUCUCGCAGUUAAAUUAAACAUAUUAUUUUGCCGUUAGGAUUUUCCGCUUAUUUUGACGACACGAAUUUAAAGAUGGUGAAAGUGAUCCGACAUUCAAUCAAAAGCAUAAUUUGUGUAUUCACGUACCUAUCGGUCUAAGCGUCACUACGUAAUCAGCAACAUGCUAAACGCUGGCGAGGACAGCGAAUGGGUGACGAACGAGGAAGUGGUCGGCGGUAGCGACGCGACUGCAAAAUGUGAGGUGAAAACAGAACAAAUUCAGCAACCGUCGCCGCCGUCGCGACCGGAACCGGAAGAGCCAACACCGGCCAGCAACCCGCAUCCAACGCUAAGACUCAAUCCGAAUUUGGCUACCGACCCGGCCAGAUGGUCUCCGGCGGACAAGCCGUCACCUCCCGAACCUCCGCCGCCCCCACCACCGCCGCUUACGGCGACAGUAACGUCCGCCGCAGCCGCGUCAUCAUCGGCAUCUUCCACGUCGUCUUCGUCGUCUUCGUCUUCGUCGCUGUCGUCAUCGGCGAUUGGCGAUCCGACUCAUAACGUGGUAACAAUUACCGCGCCUAGAGCAAUUCAAAUAUUCAUCUGCAAUCCGUGCGGGAUACGAUUCAGUUCGCUGAGCACGUUGGACGCCCAUCAGACGUACUAUUGUUCGCGCAGACACAAAAAAGAUUCGGAGUCGGACGACGUCAAGUUACCGAUGGCCGUUGAAUCGGACGAAAUGACUCUGGGCAACGACACGGAUAGCCGUCCGUCUUCCGUCGAGCCGUCUUCCAAGGCGAUGAGAACUGGGAAACAGUACAAGUGCCCUCACUGUUCGUACAGCGCCGACAAGAAAGUGAGCUUGAACAGGCACAUGCGCAUGCAUUCCAUAUCUCCGGUGUCGGUGCAAUCGCCACCGUGUCCGUCGGACAACGCGGACCCGUCGGUGGUGGACCGUUACUGCCAAAACUGCGACAUCCGGUUCUCUAACCUGCGCACGUACCAGGCGCACAAGACGCAUUACUGCAACACGCGGCACGUGGUCAAGCCGACCCCGUCCAGCUCGCCGAUGCCCAACAACCCGUCGCCCACCGGCGUGGUGCCCACUUACCUGGCGCUGCCCACUAAUCCUGUCAUAGUAGUUCCUUACACACUCGUACAAAACGCAAGCGUCCUGUCCGCGUUGUCGGCUGAUAUAGGCCCGUCCCCGCCCACCGACACCGCUUGCAUCGUCCUGUCCGACGGCACGCUGCAGCCCAUCGCGCAGGCACUGGUGCCCACGAAGUUUGGCAUGAUCGCCAACAGCGACAACAUACAGAGAGACAACUCUCAGUCUCCGCCGGAAGAAUUCUUUUCGCCGCCCAAAAAGGCGGAGUCCAUCAGCCCGGAGACAAAGGUGAGACCGGCGGCGCAACCAUCGUCGCCGCUUGACCUGCGGCUGAAACGCGUGCCAAAAUCGUCGCAGGACGCCGCCGGUUGCACGGACGGAGAGGAGGAAAAGGAGAACAGGCGGAGCGAUGGUAAUGUGACGGACGCCGAGGACAUAGUGUGCGCGCCGUCUAUCCCGUGCAUGAUACUGUCGCCGUCGUCCUCCCCGACUUCCGGUGGCGGCGGCGACGGAAGUGGCGGAAACAGGACCCCACAACACCGGUCCGGUGCGCACCAUCACCAUCACAUCCAGCAACUGCAACAGCAGCACCAACAGCAACAGCAACUGCAGCACCACCAACAACUGCAACAGCAGCAGCACGUCAAUCGCAGUCACAACCAGCUGCCGCUGCAGCCGCCGACCAACGGCAUGGUGCAGCACAGCGGCAAACAUAUUCCGUCAGCGGCCGCUUACGAAGGCAUCGACCGGAACGGCGGAAAGUUCAGCGUAUCUAGUCUGUUGCACGCGCCCGGCAGUCGGCUGCAGGAUGGCAUCAAGCAGGAACCGGCCAACAACGGUGAGUCGCCGCACCACAUGAUGCACCACAGGUUCAGCGCGAUGCACAAGUCGCUGCUGUCCUCAGGCGCCGUGGCCCCGAUGCCACCCGGCGUCCAGCCGCGCGGCAUCAGCGAACUUCUCAGCCCGGCCGCCGUGUUGCCGUACUUUGCGCCUGACAUGACACUCAGACUGACUCCGAACUCGGCGCAGGAUGGUGCUGGUGGUGGCAUGCCACCUGCUCACCAUCAGUUCUACUUGAAACAGGGCCCGUCCAAGUGCGAGAGCUGCAACAUUGUGUUCUGCAAGUACGAGAACUUCUUGGCCCACAAGAAGCACUAUUGCGCAUCCCGCCCGCCCCCGGACGGCGGGGACGGUGAAGCGGACAAGACGAGUCCCGAAGGGUCGCCCGGACCAAAGCCGCUGACGGUUUCGUCGCCACAGUCGUCCAAGGACAGUGUCAGCCCCACGCCGGUGCUUAAGCCGCCCAUGAUUCAGUUCAUAUGCUCCACGUGCGGCGUCAAGUUCUCGUCAUUCGACAAUCUCACUACGCAUCAGACAUUUUACUGCCCGAACAGGACGGCCGUGGCGCUGCAGGAACCGGCGGCAGACAAUAAGGUGGCACCGCCACCGUCAAAGUGUCCAAAGUGCAAAAUGACCGUCGACGGGACACAUCACCACCAGUGUCAGCCGACCAACUGUUGGAAGUGUCCGGUGUGUGGCGCCGUGUGCUCGAGUGCGUCUGCCGCUCAGAAACAUUUGGACAACCACAACGGCAUAAGGGCGUUCGUGUGCACCAUCUGCCAGUACAAGGGCAACACACUCAGGGGUCUCAGAACGCAUAUCCGCAUGCACUUCAACAAGCGGAUGAUUCCGGAUCUCAUGGAAGAAGAUUACGUGACGUGCUUGAUCGACGAGAACUCAGCAUCAUCGAUGGUCGACGGACGCGCCAAAACGCCGACCACUUCGGAUGCCGUGGACAAGCCGUCCGCGCCGUCCACCGUUCUCGUGAGGACUGCCACCGCCGUAGCCGCCGCAGCCGCCGCGGCCUCGUCGUCUUCGUUGUCGCCGUCACCGUCGUCGUCUUCGUCGUCCACAGCCGCGGCCGCCGCCGUCGUAGUGAACGACGAGCCGAAGGAGUUGGUGGUCGUCAAGCAGGAACCGGUCAACGGCAUGGCCGCGCCGCCGACGACCGACGAGCCGGCCACCGGCGGCUACCGUCAGCAGCAGCAGCAGCACGAACUGCCGGCCGCGGCGCCGUCUGACGACCUGCUGCAGCAACAGCUCCCGCCGCCGCCGCCGACGCCACAGCUGCAGAUGCAGACCGCCGGCGGCAACAAGCGGACCGGCGUGACCGCGAAAUACUGCAAGGCGUGCGACAUAUCGUUCAACUAUCUGUCCACGUUCAUCGCGCACAAAAAGUACUAUUGCCGGAACAGCACCGAGUACAAGUGCAACACGGAAAAUGCCAAGACGGCGACCGUCACCUAGGUGACGCGUAACUCGCUCCCGACCUAUAAAUCGUACGAUUGUCGUACCACACUUUUAUUAUUAUUAUUAUUAUCAUUAUUUUUAUUUUUAUUUAUUAUUAUUAUUAUUAUUAUUAUUAUUAUUAUUAUUAUAUUAUCAUUUAUCAUAUUAUAUAUGCUUACAACUCGCCGGCGAUCGCGAUCCUAUAAAAUAUAAUAUUAUAAUAUUGUUAUAUUAUUCAUUAUAAUAUUAAUAUGACUACGAAGUUGACGAACAACCUGUUACAAACUGUACUUAUAUAAACGGUUAUCGUACUGCAAGACGAUUACUCUAUUAUUCUUCGUAUACACCCCCAUAUAUUAACUAUUAUUAUUAUUAUGACGAUGAUGAUAAUUAUCAUGAUUAUUAUCAUCUAUAUGUUUACUAUAAAAUUUAAAUAUUAUAAUAUACCGAUUACAUGCCGUGUCAUAAUGAAGGUUCAUGUAAUACGAUGUAAUAUUAUGUUAGAAUCGAUCAUGUUUUAAUGUAUAAUUUUUUUUUUUU